GUGGGGGUGAGAGCUGUUGGGGGCGGAUGUAGCAGUAGCAGUGCUGGUGGCAGUGGGAGCAGUGAGUUAUGGCGGAAGCAGAGGAUCGAGUGCUGCGCGUUUUACAGUGUGUCCGCGGCAAAAUCUGUGAAGCAAGGAAUCUACCUCCAUGUCAUGGCCCCAACAAGCUGCGGGAUUGUUUCUGUGCAAUGAAACUGGACCAAGAGGAAUUAUUCCGUACACAAGUAGUGGAGAAGUGCUUAAGCCCCUUUUAUGGCGAAGAUUUUUAUUUUGAAAUUCCAAGAUGUUUCCAGUACCUCUCCUUCUAUAUUUAUGAUAAGAGUUUUUUUCAAAAGGAUAUCCCUUUCGGUAAAGUCUCCAUUAGGAAGGAGGAUCUGUGUCAAUACAACUGUAAAGACAACUGGCUGGCACUGCACCCUGUGGAUGCCAACUCCGAGGUUCAGGGCAAAGUUCACCUGGAAUUAAAACUCAAUGAACUGAUAACAGAUCAGGGAACCACAUGCCAGCAGGUAAUGGUGCGAAUAAUCGAGUGCCAGGGGCUGCCUCUCGACAAUGGGCAGAACUGUGAUCCUUAUGCCACUGUCUCUCUGGUCGGGCCAAAUAGGUUUGAUCAAAAAAGGACCAAAGUGAAGAAGAAAACGAGUGACCCACAAUUUGAUGAAACCUUCUAUUUUGAGGUUACACGAACCAACAGUUACACCAAGAAAUCCCAUUUUCAAUUGGACGAAGAUAGCAUCGAAAAGCUGGAAAUCCGAGUUGAUCUGUGGAACAGUGAAAAUCUAGUACAGGAUGUCUUUCUUGGUGAGAUCAAUGUGCCUGUGAAGAAGAUCUUAAGGGACAACAACUACUAUCAGGCAUGGUACUUGUUACAGCCAAAGGACAAUGGAAACAAACCUGCAAAAUCUGAUGACCUGGGUUCAUUACGGCUCACUCUAUUCUACAUUGAAGACCAUGUCCUUCCUUCUAAAUACUACAGUGCACUAACUGACCUGCUGCUGAAAUCACCAGAUGUCAAGCCUGUGUCGGCCUCGGCAGCCCAUAUACUGGGAGACAUAUGUCGUGAGAAACAAGAAGCUGUGUUGCCACUCGUCCGCCUGCUCUUAGAUAACAAGAAGCUGGUGCCUUUUCUCAGCGCCAUCGCCGAGUUAGACCUCCAGGAAACUCAGGAAGCUAACACUAUAUUCCGGGGUAACUCGCUGGCCACUCGAUGCAUCGACGAAACAAUGAAACUUGUGGGAAAGCAUUACCUGAAAGUCACUCUGAAACCCAUCAUAGAUGAGAUUUGUGAUUCUUGCAAACCUUGUGAAAUCGACCCCAUUAAACUAAAGGAAGGGGACAAUGUAGAAGUGAAUAAGGAGAAUCUUCACCAGUACGUGGACCGAGUGUUCAGCGUGAUUGUAAAGUCCAGCAUGAGCUGCCCCACCCUGAUGUCUGAGGUGUUCAAUUCCCUGCAAAAACUGGCCAAGAAACAAUUCCCAGAUGACCCCCACGUACGUUACUCUUCCGUCAGCAGCUUUGUCUUCCUGCGUUUCUUCGCGGUGGCUGUCGUGUCGCCGCACAGCUUCCACCUGCGGCCACACCACCCGGAUGCACAGACAUCCAGAGCGUUGACGCUCAUCUCUAAAACCAUCCAAACCUUGGGAAGUUGGGGCAGUUUAUCGAAAAGCAAACUGUCCAGUUUCAAGGAGUCCUUUAUGUGUGAUUUCUUUAAAUUAUUUCAAGAGGAAAAAUGUAUUGUUGAAUCUGUUAAAAAGUUUUUAGAUGAAAUUUCUUCAGCUCAGAGCAAGGAGUCUGGGGGUGUGGAUGAGCCUGUUGUCCUCAAAGAAGGACCGAUUGUUAAAAGAGCUCAGGGAAAAAAUCGCAUCCACAAAGCGUACAAUUUUAAGAAGCGGUGGCUUCGACUGACCAACAGAGAACUCUCCUAUCACAAGACUGCAGCUAAGGAAGCAUUGUGCUCCAUCCCAGUCAACGGAAUUCUUGCGGUUGAGAAACUCGAUGAAAGAUGCUUCAAUAAAAAAAAUAUGUUUCAAGUCAUCAGUAGGGAGAGACCUGAACGUCCCCUUUACGUUCAAGCCAACAACUGCGUGGAGGCCAGCGAGUGGGUCGAGGCGGUGACCAGAGUGAGCCGGUGUAACCGGGAGCGUAUCCGCCUUUACCAUCCAGGCGCUUUCCUAUGCGGAACCUGGAUCUGCUGCAAACACACGGACGAGAAGGCAGCCGGCUGCUCCAGCUGUACGGGAGGUGUCCCAGCAAAUAUCCAGUUGGAUAUUGACAGCGACCGUGAGGCGGAGAGAAUCUUUUCACUGUUCAGAGCUAAUCUGCCCAGACUCCAGAAGAUGGAAGACGUGUGCGCGAGUAUCGAUGUAUAUCAGGGCCCUCUACAGGAGCAGGACGAGAAUGCCCACUUCACCAUUGAAAACUCCAGGGUCACCUUCCAGACCGUCCAGCAGAUCAAAGCCGUUGUGAAUAAGCUUUCAGAGUCCCAUGAGCAGCACAGGGUAACCAGGUCCACCAGUGCCCAAUACGGCAGCAAAGAAAAUCCCAUCGGAAGGGAAUAGUUAUGCCGGAUUAGUGCAGGACAGAAGCACCUGAAGUGGACAGUUUGUAAUCCCUUAACUUUUAACCUGCAGCACGGAGCCAUGUGUUAUAUAGCCUGAGGGACACAGCUCACAGAGCCUUAUCACUGGUAACACUCACCAUUUUAUGGGGGUGGAGGGGGCAAAGUUUAUUUGACGUGAAGAAUGGAUUAUUUUGAUGCACUUUAACCUUCUGGACUCACCCAGGGGGGAAUCUUAACUUAAUUUAAAAUAUAUUUUUGAAAAAAAACAAAAGUCACAAAUAAACCGCGA